AUGUCCAUGGGCCUGGAGAUCACGGGCACGGCGCUGGCCGUGCUGGGCUGGCUGGGCACCAUCGUGUGCUGCGCGCUGCCCAUGUGGCGGGUCACGGCCUUCAUCGGCAGCAGCAUCAUCACGGCGCAGAUCACCUGGGAGGGCCUGUGGAUGAACUGCGUGGUGCAGAGCACCGGCCAGAUGCAGUGUAAGGUGUACGACUCGCUGCUGGCGCUGCCGCAGGACCUGCAGGCGGCCCGCGCGCUCAUCGUGGUGGCCAUCCUGCUGGGCGCCUUCGGGCUCCUCGUGGCGCUCGUGGGCGCGCAGUGCACCAACUGCGUGCAGGACGACACGGCCAAGGCCAAGAUCACCAUCGUGGCGGGCGUGCUGUUUCUGCUGGCCGCGCUGCUCACCCUGGUGCCGGUGUCCUGGUCGGCCAACACCAUCGUGCAGGACUUCUACAACCCGAUCGUGCCCGAGUCGCAGAAGCGCGAGAUCGGAUCGGGCCUGUACGUGGGCUGGGCGGCGGCGGCCAUGCAGCUGCUGGGCGGCGCGCUGCUCUGCUGCUCGUGUCCCCCGCAGGAGAAGAAGUACGUGCCCGCCAAGAUCCUCUACUCGGCGCCGCGGUCCGCCGCAGGGCCGGGCACGGGCACGGGCACCGCCUACGACCGCAAGGACUACGUCUGA